ACAGGACUUUAAACUCUGAACAUCUUCCUGUUCAAACAGUGACCAAGUGAGUCCAUAACCAAAGUCCACUUCUACUGAGUGAACAGAGCUGCUGUCAACAUGUCUGGUCCAGUCAGCAUGGAGCUGUCUCCCCCUCCCGCCAGUCUUACAGCAGAGUAUGAGACACUUUUCACCACUGACUCCCUCCUCUUCCUCCAGGAUCUGAUCUCCACCUUUGAUGAGGAGGUGGAUGAGGUCCUGCGGUUACGAAUAUCCAGAAAGGUCCACUUGGACCUUUCAGGUGACCUGCCCAGCUUUCUUGAAAGUACCAAACACAUCAGGAGAGACCGGUCCUGGAGGGUGCUCCCCGUACCCCCGAGGCUGCAGAGAAGACAUGUGGAUAUUGGUGAUCUGGCUCCGUGUGAUACCCAGUGCUUUAUUAAAGCUCUUCAGUCACCAGCACAAGGCAUCCAGGUUGACUUUGAUGACGGGAACUGCCCAACAUAUCACAACCAGAUCAAAGGCAUUCAUAAUGUAUUGAAGGCGGUUCAUAACCAGAUACCCAAUGUUCCACACAUAUCUCAGGCUCCAGUGCUGAUGCUUCGUCCUCGUGCCUGGAACAUGGUGGAACACAACAUGAUGGUUGGGGGGAAGGAGGCUCCUGGUCCUCUCUUUGACUUUGGACUCCUCAUGUUUCACUGUGGAAAGACUCUGUUCGAAAGCAAGAGUGGACCCUUUUUCUACCUCUCAAAAGUGGAGAGCAUCACAGAAGCCAGACUGUGGAACAAGAUAUUUGUCUGGACACAACAGAAGCUGGGCCUGCCUCUGGGCUGCAUCAAGGCGACGGUGUUAAUUGAAAACGUGUUAGCAGCAUUUGAGAUGGAGGAGAUUCUCUACGAGCUGAGAGAGCAUUCAGCAGGACUCAACUGUGGCAUCUGGGACUACUCAGCCUCCUUUGUCAAUAAGUUUGGACACAGACAGGCCUUCCUGCUGCCGGACCGCAGUAAAUACGUCAACAUGGAGAAGCGUUUUCUGCGCAGCUACAUGGACCUGUUGAUUCAGACGUGUCACCGGAGGGGAGCUCUGGCCACAGGAGGCAUGGCCGCCCUGCUGCUGCCUCAUGACCCGCUCAGUGACUCCCACAGAAGAGUGCUGGCUACUGUCACCAGACUGAAGUUGCUGGAGAUCGAAGCAGGUGUGGACGGCUUCAUGGUUUAUGACCUGAAUCUGAUUGAGCCCAUGCAGAAACUCUUCAAGCUUCACACUGAAGGUGAUAACCAGCUUCAGCAACUUCGAAAUGAUGUCACUGUGACUCCCGAUGACCUGCUGUCCAUGCCCUCGGGAGGAGUCACUCUUUAUGGUUUGAAGUAUAACAUUGCAGUUGGUGUCCUCUUCAUUAAUGCAUGGCUAUCAGGUAAAGGACACUUUUUCUACAGAGGCCAGGUGGAAGAUUCAGCCACAGCAGAGAUCUCCAGAUCUCAGGUGUGGCAGUGGAUCCGUCAUCAGACUCAGCUGGAGGACGACAGCAGGGUAGUGAACAGACGGCUGGUGACUGACCUCACUGCCGAUGUCAUGAUGGAGCUCUGCACUGUCUGUGGCUCUGUCAGGGCCAGACAGAGGUUGCACACAGCAGCAGACAUUUUCCUGGAGGUAGUCCUGAGGAGAGAUUUCCCAGAGUUCAUCACCACCUACUUGAAUCUGGACCACACCUUUCUCAGCUCGCAAAACUCUGGACAGGUGGAGGCUCCAGAUGUGCAACGAUCCAAACUGUGAAGGCCGAGCUGCCCAUCGGUCUCUCUACAUCUAACACACUGUGAGGGCAUCACAUUUGACUUUUAGGAAUAGACCGGACUGUGAAGGCUCUGUCAGGUACUUCUCUGAUGGAACAAGUAUGGAUGAGUUAUUUUAAGUAAAUAAUGUUACUGUAGGUCAAAGUCAAAGCUUCAAAUAAAUUGCAGGUGUAACAUUUUCUACCUCUGUUUUCUGUUAGAUAAACAUAUGUGAAUAAUGUGUGGUUUAUUGAUUUGAGGUUCUGCUGGAAAAGUGAUACUGUGGCCGAGUUUAUCAAUAUCCCAAACCUGAAUCACCAAUCAGUCACUAUUGCAGUUUUAUUACAAAUAGUAUGUUGGCAUGGCACGUGUAAGUGUACUUAAUAAGAGAUGAGUCCUGUUGGUUCACAGAAUCACAUUUGAGAGAUGACCCAUCAAAUGAUCUAUCGAUCAGCUAUCAAACCUGUUCUUCCUUUGUCUUUGUUUUUUGUUAGGUUGCUGUCAUUCAUGGAGGCAAUGAAAAGUUUCAUGAUGUACUUUUAUGAAAAUACCAGAGAAAUGUUGAGAGAUGUUAAUUAAAACUAUAGUAUGAAUCUAUAAAUGUUAUAUAUACUCUCACAAACAGGUCAGGAUAUUCAGGAAAUGCUCCUAAAAUGCACUCUAACUUUUCCAGGUGAACUUCAUUUGACCUCCUCUAAACCUUUGAAUGCACAUAUACAAUUGUUCAAUGUUCCAGUACUUAUUGCAUAACAUGCUGUUGUCUAACAAACAAGUGUGUGAUCCAUGAAUGUUCCACUAAAUGUUCUGCUUCAGUGACAGUUUGUAUUGAAACAGUCCUCUUCAUCAUCUGUUCAUAUCCUGACAUCAUGAGACGACACCUCACAAUCCAUCAGCAGUACCUGGUCAGUGUGGGGCUUCAAACAGGAAGUUAGCACUGAGCUGAGUGUCACAGAGAGUCAUCAGCAGGUUGGAAUAAGUCCACUUGUCCACAGCAUGAGACGUCUAGUCGAGCUGUGAGCCAUGGUCAAGGUCACAUGACAAGUCACUGAGACACAUUUUUUGUUGUGGUGUACACACCACUGUUGUUCAAUAAAUAGUUUGAGACAAAGAAA